CCCAGAACACAAAUUACAACAUCUCAAAAUCAUGAAGACUCCAUCCAUUUCCACUCUUUUCUUCUUUCUUUUUGUUACCUUUUCGUGGUCUGUUGCUGACCGGACUGAUCAUUUUCUUAAAUGUCUCAAAGAAGAAUUCCACGACUAUAACUCCAUCUCUAGCCUUGUCUACACCCCAACCAACUCCUCUUACUCCUCCGUCCUCGAAUUUUCCGUCCAAAACCUGAGAUUCGUCACAGAAUCCACCCCAACACCGCUAGUGAUAAUAACUCCGGAGCACGAAUCCCAAAUCCCCCCUCUCAUCUACUGUGCAAAACUAAAUCACUUGCAAAUUAGAACUCGAAGUGGCGGCCACGACUUUGAGGGAUUGUCUUAUGUAACUCAAGUCCCAUUUAUUGUCAUUGAUAUGAUCAAGUUUGAUAAAGUAACAGUCGAUGCUGAGCAGAAAAUUGCAUUGGUUGAAGCUGGUGCAACCCUUGGCACAUUAUAUUAUCGGAUCGCGGAGAAAAGCCCAACACUAGGAUUUCCAGCUGGUGCUUGCCCAACUAUUGGUGCUGGCGGACACUUCAGUGGAGGAGGGUACGGCUCACUACAUAGAAAAUAUGGGCUGGCUGCAGAUAAUGUUAUUGAUGCAAGAAUGAUAGAUGUUAAUGGCAGGAUUCUCGAUAGAAAAUCGAUGGGUGAGGACUUAUUCUGGGCCAUUAGGGGUGGUGGAGGUGCCAGUUUUGGUGUUAUUCUAUCAUGGAAAAUACAAUUGGUGGAUGUUCCAGAGACAGUCACUGUUUUCGCGGUCCAAAAGACUUUGGAAGAAAAUGCGACUCAACUCAUUCACCGCUGGCAAUACAUCGCGCCUAAAAUUGACCCAGAAUUAUUCAUCUUAGUCCGUGUAGCAAGGGUGAAUUCCGACCAGGAUGGAGCGUACAUCACUAUGCGUGCUGCCUUUACCGCACUUUUCCUUGGUGGGAUCGACAAAUUGCUUCCGCUUGUGCAAGAAAAAUUCCCCGAAUUGGGCGUAGUAAGAGAAGACUGCACGGAAAUGAGCUGGGUCCAAUCCGUAUUGUAUUUUCAGGGGUUCCCCAUAGAAGCACUUGACUGGUUGUUGAAAAGGCAACAACCUUACGUAGGAUACUUCAAAGGAAAAGCCGAUUAUGUGAGGGAACCCAUUCCGGAAUAUGUCUUUGAAGGCAUCUGGAAAUUGUUCAAGGAACCCGACGCCAAGGAUGCCGACAUCGUCUUGAUCCCAUAUGGUGGAAUCAUGGAUGAAAUACCUGAAGACGCAAUUCCAUUUCCUCAUAGGGCUGGUACUCUUUACAAGAUCCUCUAUGCAACAUACUGGUCAAAACAAAACGCACAAGAUGCCGACAAGGUCUUAAGUUGGCUUAGGAAGCUUUACAAUUACACAACUCCUUAUGUUUCCAAGUCCCCCCGGGAAGCUUACAUCAAUUAUAGAGAUCUAGACAUUGGAGUGAACAACGAUAAAGGGGAGGUAAGUUAUAAACAAGCAAGCGUUUGGGGCAAGAAGUAUUUCAAAAAUAAUUUUGAUCGACUGGUUUGGGUGAAAACUAUAGUUGAUCCAAGAAAUUUCUUCAGAAAUGAGCAGAGCAUUCCCACAUGGCGAAAAUGGACAGGGAAAGGGGACAUAUAAGAUCAUAUUCAUGAGUAAGAGGAUGUGUGGUUCUACAAAGUUCUAUAUAUGCUUCCUUUAAUUUGAUUUUCUUGCUGGUUUGUAGAAAAAUUCUUACUCACUGAGUUUGGCCAAACCAAAUCAAUUAUAAAAUAAAUGUAAUACACUUGUCAUAUGAUUGGUCUUUUUUCCUAAAUUGUACACCAAUCACAUAACAAUUGUAUUGCAACUUGUUAUAGAGUAGAUUUAGGUUACAGCCAAAUUCGAUUUGGGUUAGAAUUUUUCCUUGAUUUGUGUGCGAAUAAGACAUUUUAGAAAUUAUUGAUGUCGUUAA